GAUCUGAAGCAGCAACAUGUGAACCAGAACCCUCCCUCAGUUUGACAGCAGCGGGAGAGACCAUGGAGAAAGCGCUGUGCAAUUAUCAGAAGAGCUAUGAGCUGUGCAGGCAGGAGCAUAACGAGUGCUGCGAGAGGGUGGUCAUCAAUGUGUCUGGCCUCCGCUUCGAGACUCAGGUCAAGACCCUCCGGCAGUUCCCAGAUACCCUCCUCGGGGACCCCCAGAGGCGAAUCCGCUAUUUCGACCCCCUCCGGAAUGAGUACUUCUUCGAUAGGAACCGCCCCAGCUUCGAUGCGAUUCUGUACUAUUACCAAUCCGGGGGCAGGUUGAAAAGACCCAACAGUGUCUCCCUGGAGGUCUUCAUGGAGGAACUCCGGUUCUACGAGUUGGGGGACGAGGCCAUGACUCGCUUCCGGGAGGACGAGGGUUUCAUCAAAGAGGAGGAGAAGCCAAUGCCUACUAAUGAGUUCCAGAGGCAGCUUUGGCUGCUCUUUGAAUACCCUGAAAGUUCACCCCCUGCCAAGGUGGUGGCCAUCAUCUCAGUGCUGGUCAUUCUGAUCUCCAUCGUGGUCUUCUGCUUGGAGACCCUGCCUGAAUUCAGGGACGAGCAGGACCCUACCUUGGCCAUUCACCCCCACCGGGGCAACAGCACCCACCCGGACGAAAUGGGCAACCCCUUCCACGACCCCUUCUUCGUGGUUGAGACCAUGUGCAUCUGCUGGUUCUCCUUUGAACUCUUCCUGAGAUUUAUCGUCUGCCCCAGCAAGCCAGGCUUCUUCAAGGACAUCAUGAACAUCAUCGAUUUUGUGGCCAUCAUCCCUUACUUUGUGGCGCUGGGCACCGAGUUUGCCAGGCAGCGCGGGGUGGCACAACCCGCCAUGUCUCUGGCCAUCCUCAGGGUCAUCCGUUUGGUCAGGGUCUUCCGGAUCUUCAAGCUGUCGCGGCACUCCAAAGGCCUGCAGAUCCUGGGCCAGACCCUGAAAGCCAGCAUGAGGGAGCUGGGCCUGCUUAUCUUCUUCCUCUUUAUUGGGGUCAUCCUGUUCUCCAGCGCUGUCUACUUCGCUGAAUCCGAGGACAAGGACACCACCUUCACCAGCAUCCCCGAGUCCUUCUGGUGGGCUGUUGUCACCAUGACCACUGUGGGCUACGGAGACAUGUACCCCAACACCCUCGGAGGCAAGAUUGUGGGAUCCCUCUGUGCCAUUGCUGGUGUGCUCACCAUCUCCUUGCCAGUGCCCGUGAUAGUCUCCAAUUUCAGUUACUUCUACCACAGGGAGAUCGAAAGCGAGGAACAAACCCACUAUUCACAUGUGACGACCUGCCCUUACCUGCCCCCGAGCCCCAAAACGCAGUCAGUGACGGGGAAAAGCCAGGAGGUGGAGGAUGAGCUUAUUGACAAUCUCUGUACGCCUCUACAGAACGACAUGUUGGAUGGUUUUUGUCCCACUGACAGUGGGAUUCCAGAGUCUACCAGCUCACCAAACAGGAAACCCAUGGUCACACAAGUUUGACUCUGUUUAUCCACCCCCAAAGUUUCUGAAGUUGCUUUAAACAUGAAUGCGAUCAAAAGAAAUGAAAAAAAAAUGGCAACACUUAAAAGCUCCACUUAACUCCAGGGUUUGUUUGGUUUACGUCCAA